AUGCCUCUCUUCAACCGCAACUCCACCAGUUCCACUACUAAAGCCCCAGCCAAAGCGCCAGUAACCACUACAACGGAUCGUCCCCAGCGCAGCAGCACCUUAUUCGGACGCCGCGAAACACCCGCAGCAGCCACUAAAACGACAAGCCCACCGCGCCACAACCUCCUGCACCGAAACCACGAAGAUGCAUCGAUCGUCAACGCCCGCGAGCGCGUGCAGAACGCCGAAGCGGCAGAGAGGGACGCCGACAGAGCGUUGAUCCAGGCUCGUGCUGCGGUCAAGGAGGCUAGGGCACAUGUGAAGAAGAUUGAGCUGGAGGCUGCUGAGGAGGCUCGGCUUGCGAGGAUCAAGCAGGAGCAGGCUUCGUCGAUAUCGAAGAGGGCUCAGCCUCUUGGUCGUAAGUCCGCUGUUCUGUUG